CAUGGCCCUUUUGUGGUCUGUCAGACCAGCUCUACUAGGUGUGGACAGGAUAUGCUCUGUAACCUCUUCUGUGUCACUCAUCUAGAAUUAGCCCUGUAGAUUUAGCCUUUAGCAUCGAUGUUCAGGUCUCUCUGACAAAACCCUCCAAAUUAUCUACGCAUGCACACACACAACCACACACACCUCAUGUUUCUUUAGCAGUCUGGGUGUUGUUCAGGCGAAGAGAAACGACGGUGGCAGAGACGACCUGUGUGCGGCUACAUGUGUGACCGUUUACUCGCGGCUUCCCACACAGCCUCAGCUAACGGCUAGGUCUUUUAGGUGGAAUUCCAUCACUCCUUUCGCCCUCGUUUAUCUUUUUCCAUAAGCUAAGGAUUUAACUUUUUGUGUACUUGUUAAAAAAGGACAAAUUAUAUUUUUUCCUCAAAGACACUUUCUUUAGCCAUUUUGCUAAUCCCAAAUUACCGUAGUUUUUUUUAUUUUAUAAUAAAUCACGAUGUGGGAGUUCCGCUCUAUGAUGUUCUGGCGGGCGGUGUUUGCUGAGUUUUUCGGCACCAUGUUCUUCGUCUUCUUUGGGAUAGGCGCAGCUCUACGCUGGACCUCUGGGCCGUACCAUGUCUUCCACACUGCCCUCUGCUUCGGCUUCGCUGCUGCCACGCUCAUCCAGUCCAUCGGCCACAUCAGCGGAGGACACAUCAAUCCGGCCGUCACCUUCGCUUACCUAGUCGGCUCUCAGAUGUCCUUUUUCCGAGCUUUCUUCUACAUCUGCGCUCAGUGCCUGGGGGCCAUGGCAGGAGCCGCGGCCCUGUAUGGAGUUACACCCAACAACAUGAGAGGCACACUGGCACUUAACACGCUGCAGCCUGGCAUGAGUCUCGGAAUGGCGACUACAGUGGAGGUGUUUCUCACCAUGCAGUUGGUGGUUUGUGUUUUCGCCGUCACAGAUGAGAGACGAAGCGGCCGUGUGGGUUCUGCUGCUCUGUCUAUUGGCUUCUCUAUUACUAUGGGCCACCUGAUGGGGAUGUACUACACGGGAGCUGGCAUGAACCCAGCUAGAUCUUUCGCUCCUGCUAUCCUCAUGAGGAAUUUCAUCAACCACUGGGUGUAUUGGGUGGGACCCAUGAUUGGUGGAGCUAUGGGUGCCAUCCUGUAUGAUUUCAUGCUGUUUCCCCGUAUGCGGGGUCUCUCUGAGCGGCUAGCCACUCUCAAGGGCACCCGAUCCCCAGAGACCGAGAACCAGCAGGACACCCGCGGGGAGCCCAUCGAGCUGAAGACUCAAACCCUAUAAACCUGCUAAGAACCUGUGGACUGAAAUCUGGCUCUACCUCAACGGACCAUCUCGCCGCCUCAAGUGACUCUCAGUAUGCCUCAGUUAAUAAACUCCCACACUGAGGCUCACACAUCCACGCAAAAAUCUGAAAUGAGCUGACAUGAGUACACUACUUUGUUUAGUAUUCAAGGUUUGUUGCUAGUUUCAACACAGGGCAGGGGGCGGAGCUGAGGCAGGAGUUCAGGUGGGUGUGGUUUAUGGUGUGGGCGGGGCUAGAGCUGUUUAUCUAGGCAUGCUUUUCACUUUUCAUCUGACUUCACUUUCACAAUUCAUUUUCUACAACACCAAGAUGUGGAUGUAUAUGCAACUUAACCAGGGUUUUUCCAUUAAUUUUUUUUUUUUAAUAUCCGUGAGAGUUAUGCAAGUGAGUGCAAGUGUGUGGGUCAUUUUGUGUGUGUGAGGGAAAACGUGCCCAGGUAUGUAUGUGUGUUUAGCUUGUGCAUGAUGAUCAAGUGUAUGUGUGAGUGUGUCUGUCUGCUGAGCAAUUAUUUUGGGUUUUUUAUCAUUACAGCUCGCUUGUGUUUGUACCAUGCUAAUGGUUUUUCCCCUUAUUUUUACGGGACUCUAAGACACCCCAAACUGUAUUGUUUGCAAUGAUAUUCCAUUCACUUUGAUGUUCACACAAACCACCCUUUAACUGAACUGUUUUAAACACAACAGGGUGUUGUGCCCAAUUCUGACCCAGUCAGGUUAUUGCCCCCCUAGUAUUGGUAAGUUUAGGAGUAGGUGUGGAGGAGGAUGGGUUAGGUUUAGGAUAAGCCAGUCAGGUAGCUACUUGAAUGAGGGGAGUGAUAAUUUGGCAGGGGGUCAAAAUUGAGAAAAACACUUGUCUUUUCAGUUACAUCUCAAGUUUACAGUGUCUGUGUUGCCUUUCAUUAAAUCUUGUUUGAGGAUAACAUCCAUGACUGGGCAAAAAAAGCUAUAUGAAUCAAAUCUGAAUGCAAAUAAAUACAUGAAAAAGAAGAGGCUUUUUGUAUGUACAACUCAGAGUAUGAAUGAUGCAGGAACUAAUAUUAACACUAGAUGGCGCUGUACAACAGUUUAUGAUCUCAGAUCAUUCAGGGUUUUAUUAUGGCGGGGUUUGAUAUGAGAUAAA